GGAUCUGUUUGCAGAAAUGGGCCCAGAUGCCUCUGAGACCGAAAGCAUUCCACUGGACACCAGAGAGAGGCUGCUGGGUGACCAGACGAUGCCAGCAAGACCUCCUCAUCCAUCUGUGCAUGGUGGUGAAGGAGUAGCAACGGCUGUGGAAGCAGCUCAGGGUCCAGUGUGCUUUGAAGAUGUUGCUGUUCGUUUCACAUAUGAGGAGUGGGCAUUGCUGGAUCCUGACCAGACAGCUCUGUAUAAGGAAGUCAUGGAGGAGAAUUGUGGGAUUGUGGCCUCUCUCAGUGGUGAUAAAUUGAGAAGUAAUAACAAAGGAGACCAGGGCAAAAUGCACACAGUGGAGAAGCCAUAUAAAUAUUUGGAGUGUGGAGAGCGUUUCAGACAGAGAUUGCAUUCCACUUUCCAUCAAAUAAAUCCCAUUAGGAAGAAACCAUAUCAGUGUUCAGAAUGUGGAAAGAACUUCAAGUGGAAAGAUAGUCUCAUUUCCCAUCAAAGAAUUCACAGUGGGGAGAAACUAUAUCAGUGCUUGGAAUGCGGAAAGAACUUCAUUCGCACCUCCCAUCUCACUGCCCAUCAAAGAACUCACAGUGGGGAGAAACCCUACCAGUGCUUGCAAUGUGGAAAAAGUUUCAGCCAAAGGGCCAAUCUCUCUUGCCAUGAAAGAAUUCAUACAGGGGAGAAACCCUACCAGUGUUUGGAAUGUGGAAAGAGCUUCAAUCAGAGAGCCAAUCUCACUUCCCAUCAAAGAAUGCAUACUGGGGAGAAACCACAUCGGUGCCUGGAAUGUGGAAAGAGCUUCAUUAAGAGGGCCAAUCUCUAUUCCCAUCAAAGAACUCACAGCGAUCAGAAACCACAUCAGUGUUUUGAAUGUGGAAAGAGAUUCCGUAAAAACAUCCAUCUCAUGACCCAUCAGAGAAUUCACACAGGGGAGAAGCCAUAUCAGUGUUCAGAGUGUAGAAGGAGCUUCAGAAAGAGCUCCAAUCUCACGGCCCAUCAUAGAAUUCACACAGGGGAGAAACCGUAUCAAUGUGUGGAAUGUGGAAAGAGCUUCACCCGGAAGGAAAGUCUCACUUCCCAUCAAAGAACUCACAGCGGGGAGAAACCAUACCAGUGUUUGAAAUGUGGAAAGGGCUUCAGUAAAAGAGCACAUCUAAUUUCGCAUCAAAUAAUUCAUACAGGCAAGAAACCCUAUCAGUGCUUGGAAUGUAGGGAAAGCUUUAAUACAAACACAACCUUCCAUAAACAUCAGAGAAUUCACAAGGGGGAGAAGCCAUUUCAAUGCCAAGAGUGUGGAAAGAGCUUCAGUCGGAGCACCCAUCUUGCAGCCCAUCAAAUAAUUCAUACAGGGGAGAAACCCUAUCAGUGCUUGGAAUGUGGGCGGAGCUUCAAUCACAGGGCAAAUCUCACAGCCCAUCAAAGGAUUCACAGUGGUGAGAAACCUUAUCAUUGCUCAGAAUGUGGGCAGACUUUCACUGUGAACUCCCAUCUCACUUCCCACCAAAGAAUUCAUACUGGGGAGAAACCCUAUCAGUGCUCAGAAUGUGGGAAGAGCUUCACCCAGAACGCAAAUCUCACUUCCCACCAAAGAAUUCACAGUGGUGAGAAACCCUAUCAGUGCUCAGAAUGUGGAAAGAGUUUCUGCCAGAGAGUCAGUCUCACUUCGCACCAAAGAAUUCACACAGGGGAGAAACCAUAUCAGUGCUUAGAAUGUGGAAAGAGUUUCCGCCAGAGAGCCAUUCUCACUUCGCACCAAAGAAUUCAUACAGGGGAGAAACCCUAUACAUGCUUGGAAUGUGGGAAGAGCUUCAAUCAGAAGCAAAGUCUCACUUCCCAUCAAAGAAUUCACACAGGGGAGAAACCAUAUCAUUGCUUGGAAUGUGGAAAGAGUUUCCUCCAGAGAGCCUAUCUCACUUCCCACCAAAGAAUUCAUUCUGGGGAGAAACCAUAUAAGUGCUUGGAAUGUGGGAAGAGCUUUAAUCACAGUUUCAAUCUCGUGGCACACCAAAUAAUUCAUACUGGGGAGAAACCCUAUCAUUGCUCAGAAUGUCGGAAGAGCUUCAGUCAGAAGCAAAGUCUCACUUCUCACCAAAGAAUUCACAGUGGUGAGAAACCAUAUCAGUGCUCAAAUUGUGGAAAGAGUUUCUGCCACAGAGCUGAUCUCACUUCGCACCAAAGAAUUCACACAGGGGAGAAACCAUAUCAGUGCUUGGAAUGUGGAAAGAGCUUCACUGUGAGCUCCACUCUCACUUCCCAUCAAAGAAUUCACACAGGGGAUAAGCCCUAUGAGUGCUUGGAAUGUGGGAAGAAUUUCCGCAAGAAAGCCAAUCUCACUUCCCACCAAAGAAUUCACACAGGGGAGAAACCCUAUCAGUGCUUGGAAUGUGGGAAGAGCUUCAAUCAGAAGCAAAGUCUCACUUCGCACCAAAGAAUUCACACAGGGGAGAAACCCUAUACAUGCUUGGAAUGUGGGAAGAGCUUCAAUCAGAAGCAAAGUCUCACUUCCCAUCAAAGAAUUCACACAGGGGAGAAACCCUAUCAGUGCUCAGAAUGUGGAAAGAGCUUCAAUAAGAGGACCAAGCUCAUAGUCCAUCAACGAAUUCACAGUGGUGAGAAACCCUAUCAAUGCUUGGAUUGUGGAAAGAGUUUCUGCCAGAAAGCCCAUCUCACUUCCCACCAAAUAAUUCACACAGGUGAGAAACCAUAUCAGUGCUUGGAAUGCGGAAAGAGCUUUGGUAAGAGGACCAAGCUCAUAGCCCAUCAAAGAAUUCAUACAGGGGAGAAUCAUAGAAUUUUAGACUUGCAGGAGACCCCUGGGUCAUCUAGUCCAAUCUUACAAGCCGGGAGCCCCUGUUUCCAAGCUUUUAUGCACCAUGUGCUGGGGCCACUCCUGUACAAGAAUUGCAUCUGUUUUUUGGAUGACAUUUUGAUCUUCUCAGAGGAUGAAGGGCAGCAUGAGGCGCAACAGGCAUUCAAGGGCCUCAGGGUUUUUGUGUCGGAGGAGCAGCUGGUCCAUGUGGAUCCAACCAAACCUAUGAAGGUGGAGACGGAUGUGUCGGGACAUAAAGACAGGCUGUUUGUGGACCACCUCUUCCACUUACAUGGCAUCCCCUCGUGGGCAGUUUACCUCGUGUUUCUGGCACAAGCUCAUGAGUUUGUUGCAAGUGGAGGUGAGCCUGUCCACGGCCAGACACCUGCAAACCAAUGGGCAGGCGGAAACGACUGGGUGGAGAGACUAGCUCUGGCGGAAUUUGCUUACAACAUCACGGAGAACGUGUCCACAGGGAUGACUCCCUUUAUGGCCAAUUAUGGCCACCACCCCAGAGCGUUUCCAGGGCGGGAGGAGGAGGAGUUGAGUGUGCUGGCCGCAGAACUGUUUGCGGAAGAGAUGGCGGCCAUACAGCAACAGCCCCGGGAGAACCUGGAGAGGGCCAAGGAGGCAUACAAGAGGGCAGCUGAUGAGCACAGGAGGGUGGGGGACAAGGUGUGGUUAUCCUCACAGGGGCUGCCGAUCAGGGGGAGAUGCAAGAAGCUGGAGCAUAGGAGGCUAGGUCCCUUUGAGGUGUUGCAACAGGUCAACCCAGUGGCAUUUAAGCUGAAGUUGCCUGACACUAUGAGAAUACAUCCAGUGUUUCAUAGGUCAUUGCUGGAGGGGCACCGCUUUCAGGGGAGGGAAAAGAAGGUGCCCACGCCACAGAGCGUAGAGGAGGGGGAGCUCUGCAAUGAGGUAACAGAGAUGCUAGAUUCCAGGUGGAACGGGCACAAGCUGGAAUACUUAGUAGCUUGGGAAGGCGCUCCAGCCUCGGACGGAGCGAGUGACUGA